AAAGCCGGUUGUUAUGGAAUGUAUCAGUAAUCCUUAAUAAUGGCGAAAAACGGCUCUAUAAAUCAUCUUAGAGAUAACCACACCAAAGAGAAGAAAAUAUCUAAAGCGCCGAUUCUAUUUAAACUAGAAUCUUGUCCUCCAUGGCUGCAAUUUAACAAAUAUAUUUGGGGAAGUUAUCGAUGUAACUUAUCAACGCGCCAAUGCGUAGACAGCUUGUUUUACGUCCACAACGAAACGUUCAAUAUUUAUUCGCACGGUAUUCCCUGUGCAUUUUUUGUGAUGCUAAUCCCCAUAACAGCAAGUGCAGCAAGUCUAGCCAACCCACUAUGGUUUUUUCUUCACUAUUUCUCCUGUUUUGCUCCAUUCUUGGCUAGCCCUAUUUAUCAUUUAUUUAUGUGUCAUCAAAAUGGACAGGAUUCAUACAAGCAUCUACUCACUUUGGACGUCUGUGGUAUCUGGGCAAUUAAUGCCUUUGGUGCUUUGUGUGGUAUCCGUGCAACAUUUUACUGCCUUCCAUUUUGGCAGUUUUUGUCUCUUACAGUUUAUUUGGUGAUUUCCUUGAGGUGUCUAUACUUUAUUGUGAUAGCUGACAAUGCUAAAGAACGGUUCAAACCUUUUGCAGUAUUUGGUGUGAUGAGGUAUUUCUUUGCCGCAGUUCGUCUAUCAUUUUAUUAUUUUAAUGUUACCAAAAGCAGCGUCAGUGCUAUGCCGUAUUAUUUAUCAAUGGAUUUAUUAGCUUUUAUUGGUGGAGCACUCAAUGUUGCUAGAAUACCUGAGAGAUGGUUUCCAGGUAAAUGUGAUAUCAUUGGAAACAGUCAUCAAAUUAUGCAUGUGGUUACAGUACUAAGUGUUAUUUGUUUACACAUUGGAUCAGUAAGAGACUUUCACUGGAUGAGUGAAACUCUUUGUAUGUGAGGCAGGUUCUGGCUUGCGUGAUGUUCUACUGGAACAAGAGUAACUUGAAUGUGAGAGAACUGAAAGACAACUCCUUCUGUUGCAUGGACUUACUACUUUUGCACAGCAGUCUAAUUUUCUUGCACCUGUCUUGCAGAAAAUUACCUAAAUUGUAUAGUUUUUGGCUUAAAUUCCAGCCAUCUUGAACUACAAAUAUUUUUUUUCUUGUGUAACACACAAAUCUGCUAAUCUAUCAAGUAAAAACUGUGUAACAAUUAAUAGCAAUAUUA